AUGGAGCCGCGAGCUGGAGCACGGAGCGUGAGUGAGGGAGCAGAGCCGCCUGCCCGCCCGCCGCCGCGCCCCCUCCAGAAAGAACAGCAGGGAGCAGUUGAACAUACUGAUGAAGUACAGAAUGAAAUAGACAGACUUAACGAACAAGCCAGUGAGGAGAUUCUGAAAGUAGAACAGAAAUAUAACAAACUCCGCCAACCAUUUUAUCAGAAGAGGUCAGAAUUGAUGGCCAAAAUCCCAGAUUUUGGGGUAACAACAUUUAUUAACCAUCCACAAGUGUCUGCACUGCUUGGGGAGGAGGAUGAAGAGGCGCUGCGUUAUUUGACAAGAGUCAAAGUGACAGAAUUUGAAGAUAUUAAAUCAGGUUACAGAAUAGAUUUUUAUUUUGAUGAAAACCCUUACUUCGAAAAUAAAGUUCUCUCCAAAGAAUUUCAUCUGAAUGAGAGUGGUGAUCCAUCUUCAAAGUCCACUGAAAUCAAAUGGAAAUCCGGAAAGGAUUUGACAAAACGUUCAAGUCAAACGCAGAAUAAAGCCAGCAGGAAGAGACAGCAUGAGGAACCAGAAAGCUUCUUCACCUGGUUUACUGAUCAUGCUGAUGCAGGUGCAGAUGAGUUAGGAGAGGUCAUCAAAGGUGAUAUUUGGCCAAAUCCAUUACAGUACUACUUGGUUCCAGACAUGGAUGAUGAGGAAGGGGAAGGAGAAGAAGAAGAUGAUGAUGAUGAAGAGGAAGAAGGAUUGGAAGAUAUUGAUGAAGAAGGGGAUGAGGAUGAAGGUGAAGAAGAUGAAGAUGAUGAGGAGGGGGAGGAAGGAGAGGAAUAUGAAGGAGAAGAUGACGAAUGGAACACUGAUGGAUUCCAACCUUCCUUUUUUAAUUUCCUCCAGUCCCUGGGAGCAAGUUGCAGUCUUUUUUUUUUUUUUUUUUUAAAUCUCCUCCUCUUGUGCUCAGUUGCCUUGUUUUUGAGGUCUCUUUUCUCCUUUAUACCAUGGCUCACAACUUAUUUUGGGGGGAAAUACCUUGAGCAGAAUUCAGUGGGAAAAGAAUCUCUACCCCUUUCUGUUCCAAGUUCACUUUUAUCCCUUCCUGUCUCAACAAAAACUUUAUGGACUCAACACCACCAUGCUCUGUGGGAAAAAAGAAAAACCUGCUCCCUUAGCUCUGCUGGAAGCUGGAGGAAUUAUGGUGGAGUGGUCAAUAAAAGACUUUUGAGCAUAGAAGUAUCUUGUCUUCAGAUAAAAUUCUGUGGGGAAAGUGGAAUAGAGGUAAUAGAAGUUUAA